UCACAACCCAUCCACACUGCAGAAUCCUGCCUGAUACUUUCCCAGGGCAAAGAAUUGCCAUCUCUUCCUCUUCAGACUCUGAAAGCCCGAAACAACUGGAAGCGGCACCCUGAGGUUCAGCAGGCUAUGCAGGAGUUGAGAGUGGCAGGCGGCGGAGUGCGUUUGUGUGUGUGUUUUCCUGCGCGAGCGCGCGCAUGCCCGCGCAUGAUGGGGGGUGGGCGUCUGGUGAGAGGCUUCGGCUCUGUAAUGUAAGGGGUUGGGCAGCCCACGUGACUCUACGAAGGCGGAGAUAGGGUAGCUGGAGGGAGGACUGACAGGCCGUGGGGAGGGGUGCGGGAUAGAGGGGACAAUCUGAAUAAUUGAGGAGGUGUUCGGCAGCAGUGGCUGCCUCCUGCCUUCCUUCGCCACCACCACCCUGCAUCAUAGUGGGAGAGACAGAGCUCGGCGCUCUAAGUGUGACCGCCAGCCAUCAGCUCUGGCAGCCAGUUCAUCUCCUCCAGUCCUCUGGUUUUUGACUGAGUGACAAUCCAGACAGCUUUUAAGGCAGAGAGGGAGAGUUUCCAGAGUGUUAUUUCCUUGUGACAUUCAUGCCCAAGAGAAGGCUGCUUUGGGUCCCUCUGGACCUUUCUUAAACGAGAGAUCCCUGUUCGCUAGAUGAGUUCCAGAAACAUCCACUAAGGCUCCUGUAUACUCUUCCAUCAAUUGACCUUCACCACAACCUGUAUCGCUCAGGAUGAGUGGCUUCCUUACCUCCCUGGACCCACGGAGAGUGCAGUGGGGGGCUGCCUGGUAUGCAAUGUACUCCAGGAUCCUGCGCACCAAACCAGUGGAGUCCAUGCUGGAGGGAACUGGGACAACCACAGCACAUGGCACCAAGCUAGCCCAGGUGCUCACCACCAUGGACCUCAUCUCACUUGGUGUUGGCAGCUGCGUGGGCACUGGGAUGUACGUGGUGUCUGGCCUGGUGGCCAAGGAAAUGGCAGGACCUGGUGUCAUCGUGUCCUUCAUCAUUGCAGCCCUCGCGUCCAUAUUAUCAGGCGUCUGCUAUGCAGAGUUUGGCGUCCGCGUCCCCAAGACCACGGGAUCAGCCUACACCUACAGCUACGUCACUGUCGGGGAGUUUGUAGCAUUUUUCAUUGGCUGGAACCUGAUCCUGGAGUACCUGAUUGGCACUGCAGCUGGUGCCAGCGCUCUGAGCAGCAUGUUUGACUCACUGGCCAACCAUACCAUCAGCCGCUGGAUGGUGGACAGCGUGGGAACCCUCAAUGGCCUAGGGAAAGGAGAACAAUCGUACCCAGACCUUCUGGCACUGGUGAUCGCAAUCAUCGUCACUGUCAUUGUCGCACUGGGGGUGAAAAAUUCCGUGGGCUUCAACAAUGUACUCAACGUGCUGAACCUGGCGGUGUGGGUGUUCAUCAUGAUUGCAGGCUUCUUCUUCAUCAAUGGGAAAUACUGGGCUGAGGGCCGGUUCUUGCCCCACGGCUGGUCAGGGGUGCUGCAAGGAGCAGCCACAUGUUUCUAUGCUUUCAUUGGCUUUGACAUCAUUGCCACCACUGGAGAGGAAGCCAAGAAUCCCAACACAUCCAUCCCCUAUGCAAUCACUGCCUCCUUGAUCAUCUGCCUAACAGCAUAUGUAUCCGUGAGCAUGAUCUUAACUCUGAUGGUGCCAUAUGAUGCCAUCGACACAGAAUCCCCGCUCAUGGAGAUGUUUGUGGCUCGUGGAUUCUAUGCCGCAAAAUUCGUAGUGGCCAUCGGGUCCGUUGCAGGACUGACAGUCAGCUUGCUGGGCUCCCUCUUCCCAAUGCCGAGGGUCAUUUAUGCCAUGGCUGGUGAUGGGCUCCUUUUCAGGUUCCUGGCUCAUGUGAGCUCCUACACAGAGACCCCAGUGGUGGCCUGCAUCGUGUCAGGGUUCCUGGCAGCUCUCCUCUCCCUAUUAGUCAGCCUGAGAGACCUGAUCGAGAUGAUGUCCAUCGGCACCCUCCUUGCCUACACCUUAGUCUCUGUCUGCGUCUUGCUCCUUCGAUACCAGCCAGAGAGUGACAUUGAUGGGUUUGUCAAGUUCUUGUCUGAGGAGCACACAAAGAAGAAGGAGGGGAUUCUGGCUGACUGUGAAAAGGAAGUUUGUUCUCCUGUGAGUGAAGGGGAAGAGUUUUCCGGCCCAGCCACCAACACAUGUGGGGCCAAGAACUUACCAUCCUUGGGUGACAAUGAGAUGCUCAUAGGGAAAUCAGACAAGUCAACCUACAAUGUCAACCACCCAAACUAUGGCACCGUGGACAUGACCACAGGCAUAGAAGCUGAUGAAUCUGAAAACAUUUAUCUCAUCAAGUUAAAGAAGCUGAUUGGGCCCCGUUACUACACCAUGAGGAUCCGGCUGGGCCUUCCAGGCAAGAUGGAUCGGCCCACAGCAGCUACAGGGCACACGGUGACCAUCUGUGUGCUCCUGCUCUUCAUCCUCAUGUUCAUCUUCUGCUCCUUCAUUAUCUUUGGUUCCGACUACAUUUCGGAGCAGAGCUGGUGGGCCAUCCUUCUGGUCAUUCUAAUGGUGCUGCUGAUCAGUGCCCUGGUAUUUGUGAUCCUACAGCAGCCAGAGAACCCCAAGAAGCUGCCCUAUAUGGCUCCCUGCCUCCCCUUUGUGCCUGCCUUUGCCAUGCUGGUGAACAUCUAUCUCAUGCUAAAGCUCUCCACCAUCACCUGGAUCCGGUUUGCGGUCUGGUGCUUUGUGGGUAUGCUCAUUUAUUUUGGGUAUGGCAUCUGGAACAGCACCCUGGAAAUCAGUGCCCGAGAAGAAGCCCUGCACCAAAGCAUGUACCAGCGCUACGACGUGGAUGACCCCUUCUCAGUGGAGGAGGGUUUCUCCUAUGCCACUGAGGGUGAGAGCCAGGAGAACUGGGGCGGGCCGGCUGAAGACAAAGGCUUCUAUUACCAGCAGAUGUCAGAUGCGCAGGCAAACACCCGGACCAGCAGCAAAGCGAAGAGCAAAAGCAAACACAAACAGAACUCAGAGGCCCUGAUUGCAAACGAUGAGUUAGAUUACUCUCCGGAGUAAGAGCAAACACCCAAGAAAGGUGUAGAAAUGUUGAUGAUUUACUUUCAGUAAUGUAACCUGUGGGCUAGGAGGUAGAAACUUCUUUGGCUCUCAUUUCAAAAUUCCAGCCUCCCCCAAAGUCAGUCCCUAGUCACAGCGUGUCAUUUGCCACUUCUGCUCUUCAGGACAGUUCUGUCAAAGGGUUUCACACAGGUCCCAUAAAUGGUCCCCUUGUAAGAAAAAAAAAAAAGCUACAAGAAAUUCUAAACUGCAACCACCAAAGCUGGUAGCAGCAAAUGUUUCCCAGGCGUUUGCUUUGCCGGUUGAAUCUUUUCACUUUUUACUAAGGCCCAAGAAGCAGGGAGUAAAAUUCUUGAACUGCACUGAGGCUGCAGCUCCUCUGGGAGAGGUGCCAAAGCAGGUGGGGGUGGGCGAAAGGCAGCAUCUCAAUCACCUGAGACCACAGGGCAAAGCGCUGUUCUCAGCAUGCUGGGCUGUGAGCUGCUCACUGAGGUCAGGUGGCACUUGGCACUUCCUCAGCAAGCAACAUUUUGUCCUGAAAUUUCACAAAAACAAAUUCAUGGAGAUGCAUGCUUCUUUUUAUUUGCCAAGGUUCUCAGAGUCUCCAAACUAGAACUUCAGGAUGCAGCAAAGUUCAGGGACUCUGAGACCAUAACCCCAAAGAUUUCAGAUGCACCAUAAAAGUCAUGCAAACUCAACAAAAUGGUAAGAAGCACCAUCAAAGCUCUACUUAAUGCCCAGAAAAAAACUAAAUAAUCAUCUCUUACAGUGAAGGCCAGAAGGGCACUGGCAGAAAUUAACUGUCUGUCAUGCCUUCUCUAACACUAGACUCUAAGCUCCUGCUGAUAUGAUGAAAGAGGCAAAGUGGGAGCAUGAUUUCAUGGCACUAAUAUGCCUUGAAGAAGUAGGCUGUUUGUUUUAUGAUCAGAUAAAAAAAUCUUUACAAGGAGAAGUGACCCAGCCACUCUGAGAUCACAUUGCAAAUUCUAUUUCAGAUUUCUAAAAUUAUAAAUUUUGUAGUUUUUUGAGAUAUGCAGCCACUUGACUGGUGGGUGCUACUCUGAAAACAAAAAUACGGAAGCACAGCAACUUAGGUAAUUGAAUUCCAUGAGAUCACGUUUCACUCUGAAACUUAUUCUGCUGGAAUAGCUCACUUUUAGACUUGUAUUUUUCCUGCUAUUUCCCAGAGCAGUUUCACUGAAGCCCAAAGAAAAAUCUACUUGAUCAGGUCUAAAUUUGGGCCAUAAGAGGGCCUCUUAAAGGUAUUUUCUCAGAAACAAGCCAGAAGAGAAAAUUUGCAACAAGAAAAAACACAUGGUCAAUGCAUUCUAGUCUGGUGUUAUAGGGAUUCCAACGCUGCUUGGAGAUGUGUACACAUGUAUGUGAAGGCACAAUUUGGAUCAAGCUGAGAAUUUCCUGAAAGGGGGGCAAAACAGCAAAUUCUUUACUCUCUCUGUGUCCUGAAUCUAGUGUUAUGCCAAACAUUUUCCAGAACAUCAACUAAUGCUUAAGUCUAUUCUUUCUUAAAGGUUGAGGUCUGUGCCAUCUUGGCAUGCUUCAGGAUUAUAGAAAGGAGGCAGAAGUCCAUUUUUUUCAAGAAACUAACACUGAUCAAAAAUGUACCAAGUUCUAAGUAAUGAGAUUAAAAAGAAAUGUAACAUUGGCCCAAGGAAGCUCAUAGCCCAAGGACUGAGCAGCACUGGGGCCUGAUAAAUGUAGAUAAAACAACCAAACCUGACAAGUCCUCUUGGUUGAUUCACUGGAUUUUAACACAGCAUACAUUAAAAAAAAAACAAAAAGUCAACUGAAACUAGUUUUUUUUUAAUUAAUUGCAUAUCCCACCCAUAGCCAAUGUAUACCAUUUAAAUUCAAAUAAUUACUAUUUUCCAGAUCUUCUUUUUCAUUCCUCUAUAUUAAUUGUUUAGAACUCUGGUUUCCUAAGGUUAUUCUGUCAUUUUAAUGUAAUGCUUGGCAAUGUCGUGUUUUCUCUCCCCAACCUUAACCAUAAAGAUACAGUGCCUGGUCUAUGAAGUAUAUCCUUGAGAAUUAAAUUAAUUAUCAGUAAUUUUUGUGAAAAAAAAAAGUUUUUAACUGAUCUUAGGACUCAACAAAUCUGCCUAGUUAAAAUAUAAUCUGUUAAAUUUGAGAUAGAUCCAUAUACAUGGGAUGGGCUAUAUUCAUUAAAAGUUUUCAAAGAGAAAUAUGAAUGCAAAAUAACAAAAUUUUAACAUGAAUGAAAGAGAUUCCUUUCACUAGUAAGGUGUACCUAUGAGGGUAACAAUUGUCUGGUAGCUGAUGUAUGCAGUUCCUGCAGCAUGAGAAGAGAGAAUGCAUGCUUUGCUAAAUCUUGUUGGUACUGAUUUUAAGAUCCUUUUUAUUAACCACUCUCAUUUCAGGAGUCAUUUCUCUCAAAUAGUAUUUCUAUAUUUUCUAAGCUUUGCCAUCUUUAUUGCUCAAAAGUUGAUUAGUCAUCUCACCAGUGACCUUGGUUUUAAAAAAAUUACUAAAUAUGACAGAAAAAGUUUUUCAAGAUAGACAUGUUUCCUGGCCUCUGUGAAACAGUCCCAGAUUUCACAAUGCAGUUUUCAAAUACUAUUAAUCACUAGAGUGAUUAUGUUAGCUUUUCCAAAUUAGUUUUCUUAAGACCACAUUUGUGAGACAAUGUUAAAAGAAAGAGCACCCUAUUAAUACCUCAGAAACUUAGCCCCUUAAAGGAAGCCCAAGGAAGACCUAUAUUUUAUUGAAUUCUCUAUAGCAAGAGCUAUUCCAGUGAGAUUUCAUCAUGUGGAUUUGUGGUUUGGAGCCAAUUAUUUGAUUUUAAUUGUGUUUUCUUAGUACUCUGCUUCAUUUCAAGAGGAUUUGAGGUGGCUGGUAAAAUAUACAUAAGAUAAAAAAUUAAAUGAGGAACCUGAGGCAAAUAAAAAUGGAAAUAGAAAAGAUAAGACAAGGCUAGAAGUGUAUUUAGUGCACAAAUGAAGAACCUUGAUAUGUAUUGCGAAAUUUGCCAAUGAGUGGGCAACUUAAAAAAUAAUGGGAUUGUUGGUAAUGACAGCAAGUAUUUCUGCAUAAGAAUAAUUCUUUCCCCCCAAGGGCAGAGAAUUACAAUAGCAUACAUCAUUGAAACACACGAAUAAGCUUCAGAGCUAGAUUCUACUAAAUAUAUGUGCCUGGCAAACAGUGGAUGUUCAAUAAAUAUAUGAUCAGAUGUGAUGGAUAGAUGGAUGGAUGGAUGAAAGGAAAGUGAAAUAUUAUUUAUUCAACAAUUCUUUUGUGAAGAGCUGAUUAUAUGCAGUGGCAUCAAAAACAGGGAGAAUAAGCUAUAUAAAUAAAGAACAGUGAAGGUAACAGGUGAGAUGAAGGAGUUAAAUGUGUGUGGAAGUCCAAACAGGGAAAAGACCUCCCUCCACCAGAAAGAUCAGAGAGAAUGCAGCCUUUGUGUUGAGCCUUGGGAUUGAGUGAAUUUUGUCAAGUAGAAAUGAAGGAGAGGCUCAUCAAGUGGAGGAUCAGCAUGACUGAGGUGUAAAUGUGGCUGAUAGCUAUCUCCCGACUAGUAAUUUGUACUGUGCCUCCCUCAAGGAAAAGCAAGAAGCUAGUUUGACAGGGGCACAUGGUUUAUAUAUAGAACUGUAGGAAUAAUGCUGAGAAGGCAGGUUGGGGCUGAGGCACAGAUAGCUGUCUGUGAAUGUUGAAGUGAGCUGGCUGGUUCUCCUUGGCUGGGGAGGCAUUGAAGAAAUGAUGAAAGUAUGAAUCAGAAAAGGCUGGACUUUAAGAAGCUGGAGCAGUGGCUUCAACUGCCUAGGCAAGGAGCUAAUAAAUCACACACUCCAAGUAGAUUUAACACACUAAAGGGGAAAAAAUAUCCUUAUCAAAGCUCGGUACGAUUCUUCCUUUGAGUCCUGAUUUCAUCAUUAACCUGGAAGUGUAAUCAUUUAAGAGGCACACAAACAACACAAAAUUAUUCACAGUCCCUUUAAAUUUUUCAACAAGUUUAAAUAACCAAACCUAACAAUGUUUUAUAUCCAUCUGAUCUAAACAGUCAAAAUCUCAGCUCUAGAUUUUACUCAACUUCAGUGCAACGCCACUUUAAACAAGUGAAAGGAAAGGAAUGAUAGAAUUAGGCUAAGAAGCCAGUUCUACUUCUUAGCAACAAACUAUUAGCUAAUCAAAUGUCAUCAUAAUGGUCAUGAUGAGCUUGCUUAAUAAACGGAGAAAACGUUGUCGAAUUUAACAACCCAUCUUGCUCUACAAUCUGUGGAUUGUUCAGGAUAGAAAUCUCAUAAUAUUGGAGAAACAAAACACAAACUCCUUCAAAAAAAAUCUCUCUCAUUCUGAAAAGGGUUGAUGAACCUGACCUCCUUCACAUCCCACUAGUCGGAAAUCUACCUUACAAAGGGCUACCUCUUCUACCAAUCAUAAAGAGAAGCUACAGGUGUUUGAGACUGGCCUAAAAAACUAGAGGAGCCUGUUUCACUAGGGCCGAGAUGUCUGUGGAAGCCCACCGAGGGUCAGCCACAGGUGUCCUAAUUGUGUAACUCAGAUUAGAAUGUCGUGUUGGGUAGAGAUGGCAACAAUCAGGAAAUACGUCUGAAGCCAGUGCUGGGGUCAACUCACCAAGUCUGGGCUGCAGUUAAAAGCCAAUCCUGGAUUUAAGCUCUCGGGUCAUGGAGCACUCGGGAGACUGCCUUAGCUUCUGAUGCAGGCAGGGAGGGCGGAGCAAACGAAAAUCACCCUCCGAAUUCACAACAAGGGCCGCAUGACUGCCCUCCAUUUUCAUGCUGUUUAGAACAACACCUGUCCAGGAGGGUUUUUCUCUCCAAAAUUUUCGCGGAGCCUCGGUUUCUCCUGUAUGCAUGCACCCCCCUGACACUGACCACCUGGUAGUCCACAGGAGCCCUCUGGGUCCUUAAAAGAGAGAGGGUCCACCAGCUCUGCAGUGGCGGUGCCGCCAUGAAAGAGCCAAUAAGGCGCAAACAACCGCGCAAGCGCAGGAAAAGCAUCCCAACCCGCAGGACCCACCCUUAGCGGGAACCCAGAUGCUGUUCCACCAAGGAGUUUGUAGUUCUCCACCCAAAGGUGACGGAUGACAAGAAGCCCCUUCGUGUACAAAAUUGUUAGUCUUAUGUCUACGUUUACUGUCUAAGGCUGAUAAUUUUCCCCUUCAGGAGCAAUUUCGUUUCCAAAAUGCUUUCCUCUUCUUACCCGGCUGAAGUAAUUCACACGUUGUUCUGAAAUACUCAGGCACUUGCCUUUUGCCAAAACUACUUCACUAAAAAAAAAGUUCUAUCUUUCUUUUUUCCUUUUUUUUUUUUUUGAAGGACUUAAAGCCCAAAAGGGAUUAGUGGAAGUUUUGAAGCCCAUCAAAAGUGAACACCUAUUCUGUAGUAAAACUAAAAUAAUGUUUAAAAUCAUUAAACAGUAUGCUACGUUCAUGGUGUUACAAAAUUCACAUGGGAUGUUCACAAAGACAGCUUUGGGCUUGAAAUCUUCUGAAAGCCCGGAGCUGUAACUUCUUAUUCUAUGAGAACAUUUAGUAUAUUUUGAUACAAUAAGGAAAGAAAAUGGCUUGAUAUUAGAACGAGGAAACAGGAGCAGCCUAGAUUUUCUUCGUUAGGGACUCCCUCAGUGUUUUUUCCCCUCUCCCAUUUACCUGAUAUUGACAUUGGUGGCACUGGCUAAAUGGAAUUGUGGGUCACGUAAAUUUCCCCAGAAAAUACAGACUAUGAAAGAAUUUGUUCAAGUUGCAUUAAAGAAGCUGUUCCUUGGACAUUCCCACUGACUGAGUUUGGCAGUUGCCGGUAUUUUGUCUCACUCCCUCACUCAUGCUCCCAAAAGCUAGAACCUACCCUGGAAAUCAUACACCCCCUUUUCCAAAACAAAGAUACUGUUAAUGCUAUGAUGGCGCACAAAUACCUCAACUGUCUGGCUUAUAGAAGGGGCUGCAGGUCUUUUAAGGAGCAGCUAUAUUAAUCCCAUGUAGUUACACCAUCUAAUGACAAGGAGUCACAUUCUAGCUUUUCUCACUGUGGAAAAGAAAUGUUUCUGUUUAAUUCAUAUCCAAAGUUACAAAACGGCUUGUAAAUUUUACUAACUUGUGUCAUUUUUGUUUAGUCCUUGAAAAGUACAGCUUGCUUAUUUCAGAUGAUAACUUCUAGUGGUGUUCUCUGCUUUUUUUUUUUUUUUCUUUUCUUGGUAUGAACUUUGUUGUAUUUGUUGAAGUUUGUAUGUUUUGUGGUUUCUAAUUCCCAUUGGUGCACUGUACAAUGGGGUGUGUAGUGUCAUGAAGAAAAAUAAUACACAGAUACUUUAUGAAGUGUGUUUUAUUUUUAAAUGACUGUAGUGUUGACAAUAUAUUGAUUUAUUAAGAUGUGAAGGGAAAAUUCUAAAUUUACCAAAAUGUGUAUAUUUUAAUAAAUGCAUAAAGCUUUAUUGUGUGCCUUUAAAUUUAAAAAUGGGUUUAUAAAGCAAGUCAGAAACAAAAGUGUCUUACCAUAAAAUAUCCAUAGUAAUGUAAAUUCUUACAUAGAUGACCAAAAGGAAAAAAAAAAAAAAAAAGGAGCUUUCCCAUAUUUUGUUAACCUCAGCCAGUACCUGAAGUCUGCUACUUUUUUCCAUUCUAAAAUGGAGAUAAAUAAGUGAAUCUUGCCUUAAAUGUUUCAAUUGUCCUUUGUAGAAAAGCCAGAAAAAUGAGCUCAUUUUUUGGAACAAAUUGCAUUAUUGUGGAAACUUCAUUUUCAAAAUAAAAAAUAUUUUAAAAAUUA